AUGUCCAUGAACGAAUCGAGGGCUCAUCAAUGGGCUCUAUGUGCCCUGGCGGGAAUUACAGGCUUUGUGUGCGGUGCCUUUGUUCAGCAAGAGGCGUCCAUAAGGCAGCUUUUCCAGCAGAUUCGCAGGGAUCCCUAUGUUUACCAUCACCGCCAUAAGUUGUAUCCCAUGCUGUCUACCUUUAGGACAGAUCAUGAAACCCGUUUGUGGAAUAGUUCCACUUCCUUGGCUGACAAGUUCAGGGAAUUGGUAGUAUCCCCGAUUUUCGAUUUCGUGAGCGCUGCUCUAAUGCUAAAAACUGACUCGGCCACCACAACAGAUCUGCUGGACCUCAUCAAAUACGGACUCCCCAGCACGGAGAACUUGUACGUCCACAAGGACUACGUUGUUGCGCAGGAUAUGUGCACCAAUGCCCCCAGAUGGAUCUGUGAGCACUUCCGGGGGGACUACCAAAAAAUGGCGUCCGAUGAAGGCGGCUAUAGCACCCUGAAUCUUCGCUACAAUGAUGUCUAUGUCUUGAGCAGCGGCUCGAUGAAGAUCUGCAAGGUAUUCAAGCGGAAAAUAUGGAACGAUCUGGAGAAGUAUGUGGCCACCAAGGCCAAGGAGUUUGGCUCAGUGUACACUUACACUGGACCGAUUUACACACCCUCCUGUCACGAGAAUGGCAAAUGGACGAUGAAAUACGAGGUGUUUGACUGGGUGCCAAUGCCAGUGCCAUCGCACUACUUUAAAAUCCUGAUCGUGGAGAGCCGAGUCCCGGGACUGUAUCCUUUUAUGGAGGGAUACAUCAUCGAAAACAGCCGAAUGGUGGGCGGAAAGUUGAGCGAUCACCGGGCCAAGAUUGACGAAAUAGAGCGUUUCACGGGGCUAAAGUUCAACAAAGUCCUGCAGCCCGUUGUGCAGUUCGAUAAGAAGUCUUUUAAGGUGGACCCUAGGGCCUGGGCGGGACGAUUCGAGGAGAUUUCCGAACCACUAAUAAGACUUCCUGCCGAUAAGGAAAUAAAGGAGUUUUAAAGUAUGUUUCUAACAGCAUAAUUUAAGCAUCAAUAAUUUUGAGAAAAUAAGAUUUUUUAAAAUUAACUGUUCAUAAACGGCUUAAAAAAUAAAAUGUAUAGUGAAUAA